AUGCGAGCUCGAACGCGGCUACUUUUCACUCUCGUUCUCCUCACAUUUGCCCACUUCACAAUCGCGUUGAAAUUUGCUCCCCGAUGGGGUUCGGUGGAAUUUGGGAAGGAGACUGUGAUCAAGGGAUGCCUUCGAGGAGCUGGAAUCGCAGACGGUAUUCCCGAUAAUUGCGAAGUUUCGGAGGGCGAUGAGACCCCCAUCAGCUGCUUGUGCGAUGGGACGAAAAACUGCAACGGAGCCGCGAAGCUGGAAAAAGCGGAGAAGGCCUUCAUUCCAUUGGUAUCCUGCCAUUGCCAAGGCCCGCAUUGUCGAGGCAAGAAAUGCCUCGGGGAGAUGUGCACAUAUGUGAAGGACCUAAAAUCGGGUGAAGUGCACAAGGGAUGCGCAAAUGCUACACUGCCCUUCAUCGAACGUCGAGCCAUCGGCGUCUGCACAAUGCCGCCAAUGUCGGGCGCGUUCCACCACUACAAGGCAGCCAAGCUGGAAAAGUUGAUGUACACGGAAAGCUGCGUUUGCGCCUCCGAUAACUGCAACGAGGAACGGCUGAAGACCGAUUCAAAGGAGGAACAGAACUGCGAUCUAUACGCCAAAACGGAUAUCAAUCGAAAGAAGUCGAUGUCCGCGUCGAAAAUUUGCGGUGGCGAAUUCUGCUUCAACACGACGAUGUUUUCGCAAAAAACGUCUUUCCCUGCCUUUGAGGUGGCUGGCUGCGCCACUUUUGCCACCGAUUUCGAGUUGGAGGCAGCGCUGAACCCCACCGGCUGCGUUUCAUUCCAGAAUAAAGAGCUGAAAGUCAGGAAUUGCUUUAUGACAGACGAUGAGGAAGCUAUCCAGCGAAUCCUCGAAAGCCGAGUUGAGGAGGAAGAAACAGAGGAGAAAGGCAAAAUGGUGAUCGAGCAGGAGCAGGAGGGCGAGGAAGAGGAACAGGCAGAAGAAGAAGAGGAGGAAGAAGCGCCGAAAAAGGGCGAAAAGGGUCCUGAAAAAGAGGAGGAGGAGGAAGAGGAAGCGGAAGAAGCGUCAAAGGGAGGAAAGAGCGGAGAGGGCAAGAAGGAGCCGCCAUCCGGGAAAUUCCGGUUCGAAGAUGCGACCCAGCCACCGAUUCCAGACGAAAGCAAUGCGAUGAUGAUUUCGGUGUUCGUCCUCAUCAUCUUGGUCAUUUUGGCUGCAGGUGCUGUCUGGAAAUUCGAACUCCACCGACGCCUCUUCCGCGCCAACUACGAUAGCGUAGCAGGCGGC